AGCAUUUUGUGGCUGAAAGGAUCAAGGCUUAGUCUUCAACGGAUUUGCUCGAUGGGUUCUCGCAAGGGGCGCCAGAUGCAACUUCGCUUGACCAUCUUCAUCAUUCUCAGCUGGCUGGCAGCCAGCCCGCGUGCCUUCCACGUGAACCAUUGCCAGAAUCGUCGGGCAGUUGAAUCCGUUGCUCCAGUGACCACACCGCGAUUCUGUCACAGGCCGUCCAACCCGAAAUGGACAUGGCCACUAAGCCUGAUCCUUACCUUCAGCCUGUCUGCCUCUAAUCUCCGAGCCCGCGGUCGCUUCACACGGCUGAAGGCGUUUGCCAAGGGCUUGGAAGGGUGUGAUCAUCACGGGGCAGGGCGAUACGAGUUCGAUCCCCUGAAUCUGUGUGAGCUCUUCCCCGAGCAUCUCCCCUGGUAUAGAGAGGCAGAGGUGAAGCACGGACGCAUUGCCAUGCUGGCUUACGUGGGGUUGGUGGCUCCUGACUUCUUCCGCCUUCCCGGAACCGCGUUCAAUGAAGACGGCUUGGACGCAGUUUCAGCACACAACACGCUCCUGGGUGCUGACGGCAAGGGACCCAUGUGGUGGCUUCUCUUGCUUUGCGGCUGCUUGGAGUUCUGGCGCAUCUCUCAGCUGGGCUUCGACUUCGAGCUGCUGACUUUGGACUCCGCCGGCGACCUCGGACUGGACCUUUCGAUCGACCUUCGGGAGGAGCUGUCCCUUCUCAAGACCCAGGAGCUUAAGCACGGGAGGCUGGCAAUGAUUGCCUUUGGCGGCGCCAUCACUCAAGCCGUAGCAUGCAAUGCCCCGCAUUUUCCGUUCAUUCCAUGCAGCAGCUGUCAGCUCUAAGCUGGAGUCGAGUCAGAGCGGUUCGAUUUGGUCCAA